AGGGACAAGCGCAGCGCACAGCUCUGUUAAAUGGCCUGGCCCUUAACCAUACAACGGUAAUGCAUACUCACCCCGUGUUCACUCUGGUGCGUGUCUGCCAUGGAUCAAAAGCACACACAAGACGAGCAGAACGACGUGUCCGUCGGUUUCCGCACGGCCUUUAAAUCGUUCGCCACAGAGGCUAUUCACGUCGGUCAGGAGCCCGAGCAAUGGAAGUCAAUGGCUGUGGUGCCGCCGAUUUCCCUCUCUACCACGUUCAAGCAGCACGGACCGGGAAAACACGCCGGGUUUGAAUACAGUCGGAGUGGAAAUCCUACAAGAAACUGUCUUGAGAAGGCUGUGGCAGCUCUGGAUGGAGCAAAGUACUGCCUCGCUCUCGCCUCGGGGCUGGCAGCCACUGUGACCAUCACUCACAUGCUCAAAGCAGGCGAUGGGCUCGUCUGCAUGGAUGACGUGUAUGGAGGCACAAACCGCUACUUCCAAAGAAUUGCCGCUGAAGUUGGCCUGGAGGUGUCUUUUGCUGAUUGUACAAAGCCAGAGCUGCUUAAGGCUGCACUGAAGCCCAACACUAAACUGGUGUGGAUUGAGACGCCCACCAACCCCACAAUGAAGGUUGUUGACAUCAGGGCCUGCGCCGAUUUGGUCCAUGAGCACAACAAAGACAUAGUGGUGGUCGUGGACAACACCUUCAUGUCUGCCUACUUCCAGCGCCCCUUGGCUUUGGGAGCUGAUAUCUGCAUGUAUUCAGCCACCAAAUACAUGAAUGGUCACAGUGAUGUGGUAAUGGGUCUGGUUUCAGUGAACCGAGAGGAUCUGUAUGAGCGACUGAAGUUUCUGCAAAAUGCCCUGGGGGGCGUACCAUCUCCCUUUGACUGCUUCCUGUGUAACCGUGGACUGAAGACGCUACACCUGCGUAUGGAGCGGCACUUCAAGAAUGCCAUGGCCGCUGCCAAGUUCCUUGAGGCUGAUCCUAGGGUGGAGCGGGUCAUCUUCCCAGGUCUGCGCUCUCACCCUCAGCACGAAGUGAUGAAGAGACAAUGCACUGGGUGUCCAGGAAUGAUCACCUUCUACAUUAAGGGGAAACUGGAGCACGCCACCACCUUCCUCAAUAGCCUCAAGAUGUUUGCAGUAGCUGAGAGUCUCGGUGGUUAUGAAAGUUUAGCAGAACAUCCGGCAAUUAUGACCCACGCGUCAGUGCCAGAAAAUGAAAGAAGUGUGCUGGGGAUCAGCGACACUCUGAUCCGUCUCUCUGUGGGACUGGAGGAUGAAGCCGACAUUAUUGCAGACCUAGAGCAAGCGCUUGCUGCUGCUCAUCCAAAGAAGGAAUGACAUGUCUUCAGGCGUCCUCGAGGCUGAGGUUGAAUCGGUUGAAGUUGGGAUAGAGACCGGAGGUACCUCAAGUCGUAAAUCAUCGCAGAUCAACACGUGGUACCUCAGUUCAGCGCACAAACAGCACCUAUCAGGGAACAAGCUGUUCUUUAAAAAAACUUAAAAAAAUUAUACUGUCUGUGAAUAAUUAACACAAUAUGUAACUGAGAAUCUUUUAAAUGCCUCUUUUACUAGAGCAUCAGUUGUGAUCUUAUUUAUCUUAUGCUGGUUUUGCUUGUUUCUACGUUCGUAUGUGUUUUGUUUUAAUUUGAAAGGCUUCAAUCGAGCAAAGUCCUAUUCAGUCAAGACUGACACAGUAUGAGUUUUUGCAGGAAAACACCAAACAUAAUAUUUUUUUGUUCAGUUUUGCCAUCAAAAACAGUGUACUCCAGGCUGCUUGCUAGUUUUGAUGCAUAGAUCAAUCUCUAAAUACAAACUUUUAUAUCACUGUCCUGCAGCUGUAAUCUGCAUUACAUACAUACUUGCCAUAUUUCCUAAAUCUGGCAUAGUUUGCGUUGUAAAACAUGUAGAUGUAUUAAUGAAUUCUCGUUAGUCAAACUAACCAGCCUCAGACAAAGCUAAUGCUGCCACCUGCUGUCCAAAAGUCAGAAAUAUUUUAUGAUGCUGUCAGCAUCUGCACCAAGAAUUUAGAAGCUCCACAUUAGCUUUAGAUGAAUAUUAUCACAGUAUGAAGAACAAAGAAUAUUUGCAAAAAGAAUAUGAGUAGAAAUGUGUUAAUUUUGUUGCAGAAGCAAAAGCAUAAACUGGAUGCCAGUUUUGUUUGACUAGAACUUGACAUUAUGCUUCAAGUGUAUGUC